UGCGCACGCCCCGGGAGCUGAGUCACGCGCGUGCCCGUGCGGGUGCAUGAGAGCUGCGGGACUGGGGGAAGUUUCAGAGCUGAGACACAGGGACACCGAACUGCUGGUUCUCUCUUCCCUCUCUGUUGAAGCCUUUGGGAUUUCUUCUUGCUUACUAUCAGGCUUCUUCAUCAUGCCACGACGGAUGCUAAUGCCUCACAAGUCUGUUUUCUCUUACUCCCGCCCCCCAAAGUGGCUGAAUGGUGGUCACACCAUGAACUCAGCCAGAUGUGGAUACCGAGUCUUCUCUGCCAACUCCAGCGAGGCCUGCAUGGAACUGGCCAAGAAAAUCACAGAGCGCUUGGGAGCAGAGUUGGGGAAAGCGGUUGUAUACCAGGAAAGUAAUGGAGAAACACGAGUAGAGAUCAAGGAAUCAGUCAGAGGGCACAAUAUCUUCAUUAUACAGACAAUUCCAAGAGAUGUCAACACGGCCAUCAUGGAGCUGCUGAUCAUGGCCUACGCCCUGAAGACUUCCUGCGCCAACAGCAUCAUUGGCGUCAUCCCGUAUUUCCCGUACAGCAAGCAGAGCAAGAUGCGCAAGCGGGGCUCCAUUGUGUGCAAGCUGCUGGCUUCCAUGAUGUCUGACGCAGGGCUCACACAUAUAAUUACUAUGGAUCUGCACCAGAAGGAGAUACAGGGAUUCUUUAAUUUCCCCGUGGACAACCUGCGAGCCUCCCCGUUCCUGCUGCAGUACAUCCAGGACGAGAUCCAAAACUACAAAAAUGCCGUCAUAGUUGCCAAGUCACCGGAUGCAGCCAAAAGGGCACAGUCUUACGCAGAGCGCCUCCGCUUGGGCCUUGCUGUCAUACACGGGGAGCCGCAGUGUGCGGAGCUUGAUAUGGUCGAUGGGCGCCACUCUCCCCCCACUGUGAAGAACACGGUGCACAAAGGACUGGAGAUCCCCUGCAAGCACCAGUCUCCGUUUCCAGGCAUUGAGCUGCCAAUGAUGAUGCCCAAGGAGAAGCCACCCAUCAGCUUGGUUGGAGAUGUGCACGGAAAGAUCGCCAUCAUUGUGGAUGAUAUUAUCGAUGAGGUGGAGAGCUUUGUGGCAGCGGCAGAUAUUCUGAAAGAACGCGGGGCCUUCAAGGUCUAUGCCAUGGCGACCCACGGGAUCCUGUCGUCUGAUGCCCCGCGCCUCCUAGAACUUUCCGCUAUAGAUGAGGUGGUAGUGACCAACACCAUCCCACACGAGCUCCAGAAGCAGCAGUGUUCCAAAAUCAGAACAGUGGACAUAAGCCUGAUCCUCUCCGAGGCCAUCCGGCGGAUCCAUAACGGAGAGUCCAUGUCCUACCUCUUCCGAAACAUUGCACUGGAUGACUGAGCGUGCCGCUCUGGUCGGAGCGCCACGCGGGCACGUGAACUAGUUGGGCCGGAGUUAAGCGGUGCGCCAGUCGCCGUGCACCACGUUGUUUGAAGUUUUUACACUAUGGCAAUAUGCCACUUUCUGGAAGGAGAAUGGAAGCGUCGGCGCAUGAUUUGGCAAUCCCUCUGCAGGGCGGAAAGUGAAUUACAAUUGGCCGUGGCCGGGUCGGAUCUCUACCAGUCGGAAGCAUGAGCUGCAAUGAUUCCCUUUGUAUUAGCUGGAUGGUGUGUGGAUGGGGCCGACCCGCGCCGGAGCUGCCGUGGUUAGGCUCGUGGCAGCCAAUGCUGUUCUCAGUGUCACAGAAUAGGAGGCGCACAGAACACAUGUGCAGUUACACGCAUGUGCCGGCAUGCUUAUUAUCCGUACAUACCGCUAAACACACAAUCAUGGAGAAACAGGUACAUUGAACACGUGUUGUGCCCACACGGGAUUUGUCUGUACAUGAAGCAGACACACCCAUGAGGCCGGUUUAGUAUGUAGGGACGUACGUAUUCAUGUCUGCCCUUUGUAUGCACGUACAUAGAAACCGUAUGUAUAUUGCAUACAUGCUGUACACACGCUGCUGCAAAGUGGGCUACUUUUUACAGCAUUAAUGUAAAGCGAGUCACUAAGCCCUUCUUUUUUGAGUUGUCCCAGUCGCAUCCUUUUGCUUUAAAGCUGCCCCAUGUGGCCAAUCUGGCCAACGUUCUGCACAAAUGACACUGUGACGGCAGCCAUCUUUAAUGCUGGAAACCUUGGCAAUAACUUAUAGAAACUUGGCUCCUUGCGGCUUCUCUAAACUAAAACCCUUAAUCACAGUUUCUUUUCCCUCUGUGUUUCCCCUGCGGGGGGCGAGACGCUCUCUCCCUGCCGGAGGUACGCCCGGUUCCUCCCUCCGCACACGUCGCUUCCAGACAGCACUGUGAUUAUGUUGUUUACCCCAAUGGCAGGCGAUUGAAGAUCCCGAGAGGAUGUCUGAUUUAUGCAAACGUUCCUUUUCUAUUGGUUUUAUUACAAUAAGGAUGCUUUGUUUUCCUGUUCUUGUUCUCAGAUGUUGUAUUCAGAGUUGUUUAUUUUUAAUUACAAGUUGAAGAAACAAAAAAAAUCGAA